AUGCAGUUAGUUACGGAGCGGUUGUUGCUGAGGGAGUUCGUUGAAGGGGACUGGCCUGCCGUGCUGUCCUACCAGCAAGACCAACGUUAUCUUCGCUACUAUCCCUGGGCCGAACGCACCGAGGCGGAUGCGCGGGAGUUAGUGGCGAUGUUUCUGGGGUGGCAGCACGAAGAACCACGCCGCCGGUUUCAGUUGGCUAUCGAAUUGAUAGACGAAGGCUCUCUCAUCGGCAAUUGCGGUAUCCGCCGUAAACCCGGUAACGACUGGGAGGCUGAUAUUGGCUAUGAGUUGGACCCUCGCUAUUGGGGUACGGGGUAUGCCACCGAAGCCGCUCGGGCUCUGGUCAACUUUGGUUUCAAUGCACUCGGUCUCAGCCGCAUAUCCUCAUGGUGCAUUGCCGACAAUGUAGCUUGGGCCCUUGUGCUGGAGCGGCUGGGCUUCCGGUUGGAGGGCCGACAGCGACGGAAUGAAUUCUUCAAGGGCCGCUGGUGGGAUACGCUGCUUUAUGCUCUACUGGCGGAUGAGUGUGAGAAGCUGGAGCAGUAUAGCUAG